AUGGGAGUUACCGGACUUUGGACAGUAGUCCAACCCUGUGCCCGCCCCGUCAAACUCGAAACACUAAACCGCAAACGACUCGCCGUCGACGCGUCGAUAUGGAUAUACCAGUUCCUCAAAGCCGUCCGAGACAAAGAAGGUAAUGCGCUCAGAAACGCCCAUGUCGUGGGGUUUUUUCGUCGAAUAUGUAAACUCUUGUUCUUCGGGAUUAAGCCCGUGUUUGUGUUCGAUGGCGGCGCCCCGAUUCUCAAACGGCAGACUAUCGCGGCAAGAAAGAAGAGGCGCGAGGGGAGAAGAGAGGAUGCGGUGAGAACGGCUGGGAAGUUGUUGGCGAUACAGCUUCAAAGACGGGCGGAGGAAGAACAGGCAAAGCGCACGGCCGAUGAACAUGAUGUUGAAGAACAGGAGCCGCUGGGAGAACCUAAUUAUGUCGACGAAAUCCUCAUGACGCCGCAGGAGAGGAGACGGAACCGGAAAUUUCGAAAACAGGAUCAGUAUCAUUUACCUGAUCUCGAGACCGGUUUGGAUCAAAUGGGAGCACCGGAUGAUCCUCGAAUUAUGUCCCAGGAGGAGUUGGAAGAAUACGCACGACAGUUUCAUAACGGCGAGGAUAUUAACAUGUAUGAUUUCUCAAAGAUUGACUUUGACAGCCCAUUCUUUAUGAGUUUGCCGGCGACCGAUCGCUACAAUAUCCUUAAUGCAGCGCGUAUUCGCAGCCGUCUGCGAAUGGGUUACUCUAAAGAACAGCUUGAUUCCAUGUUUCCUGAUAGAAUGGCAUUUUCAAAAUUUCAGAUUGAGCGUGUCAAAGAACGAAAUGAUCUCACUCAAAGGCUGAUGAAUCUCAAUGGUAUGAAUGGGGCAGAUGUUGCUUUUGAUUUCACUUCUGGAAGAAGAAUUGCAGGAGAACGUGGGAAGGAAUACGUUUUGGUCAAAAAUCCCGACGUUGAAGGUGGAUGGGCGCUUGGAGUCGUGGGCAACAAAGAAGGCACGGCUAUCGAUCGUCCAAUCGAUGUUGAUAAGUACGGUCUACCUGAUGUCCUGCCAGGGAAGGAUGACGAGGAUGAUGAUGAUGAUGAUGCCUUUGAAGAUGUGCCCAUCGAAGGCUUGAAUAGGCUUCCUAGAUUACCUUUUCUUCAGAAAGGCGUGUUUGAUGAGGCUGUUCGGCGACAAGCAACAGAGACUAUGAACCGAAGGAAUUCUACAGCACGGCGUCACGCUGUUGAUCGGGAAGAAGAAGACGAGGAUGCGUUGUUUUUCUCGGCGCCCGGAGACACCGACGAUCUGUUCGUGGAUAAUGAGGAUGAGGAUCUCCAGAAAGCGAUAGCUAUGUCUCUAGAACCGCACCAGGAUGAAGCAAGUACCUUUCCGUUGGAAGACAGUCUCAAAGCAGUCCAAGCUCCCCAUUUCGAACAUGAGGGCACUCCUGAAAGCGGUGAUGACAUGGACUUCACCGCGGCUUUGGCACGAUCUAAACAAUCUCAAGCAGAGCCUAAACUCAAGUCUGCCAGGCCAGAAGUUGCGCCUGAAUACAAGUUCAGUGGACCAUUACCAUUUGAGUCGUUGAAAAUCAAUAAACGAGCAAAGGAAGAAUUACCCGAACCUACACUUGACGAUGAGGCUGGAGGCUUUGAGAAGCAGGCAGAAAGCAAGCAAAGCAAAGCGAAAAAGCAAGCCGCUGCUCUUCCGCCGUGGUUCAGCAAAGAAGAUGGAAUCAAGCAAGAUUUCAUCGCUGAUGAAAGUGAAGAGGAGGCUGAAAAAAAAACCUACGAUGAUGUUAUUUAUAAUCACGCAGAAGACGUGAAACAGCGUCUGUCACCGAAUAUCAUUGAUGUCGACGAGUUGCCGGACACUAAGGAGGUUAUCGAUCUGGACUCUGAUACCGAAGUACCGAAAGAACAAGUUCGGACUGUAGAUGCUGAACCAAUCACGGAAGAGAAUCCUGUUUUGAUGAAUGAUAUUGCUGAAGAUGUUCGAGCGAAUCCUCCAAACCCGCCUGUUGAUGUUACGGUACCUCAUGUGCCUCCCAGAGGUCAUUCGGUAGCGGAUGCUGCCUCCGAGAAGGUAGUUUCUGACUGGGAGCCUACUGAUGAUGAGCGGGAGACAUUGCAGGCAGAUCAUGCUUCCGCAGCCGAUCAGCCGACGACAAAACCAAAGUCACCUUCCCCAGAGUUUGAAGAUGUGCCAUCACCGUCUAAUGUAGAAGAAGUUGACAAGUCAGCGCCGCUGGUAUAUGAACAUGAUGCCGCACUUUUCGAAGAGCAAGACCAUACUGCAGUCGGCAAUGACGACUACUCCGAUCCGGAAGAGGAGGAUCUAAUGCUACAGCUAGCAGCCGAAACAGAAGAACAUGCGCGUUUUGUGUCUGAGUUUAAUAACAAGACACAGGUCGAGAAUGCACGAGACUUUGAACAAGAAUUGAAACAACUACGAAAUCAGCAAAGGAAAGACCGAAGAGAUGCGGACGAAGUGUCUCAGAUUAUGGUCUCGGAGUGUCAACAACUACUCCGUCUGUUUGGCCUACCAUAUAUUACUGCACCUAUGGAAGCGGAGGCACAAUGUGCUGAGCUGGUGUCUUUGGGACUAGUGGACGGGAUUGUUACGGAUGACAGCGACACAUUCCUCUUUGGAGGCACUCGAGUCUACAAGAACAUGUUCAAUCAGAGCAAGUUUGUAGAAUGUUUUCUGUCGAGCGACUUGGAAAAGGAAUAUGCGUUGGAUCGAAUCAAACUUAUUCAGUUCGCUCAUCUGCUCGGGAGCGAUUACACAGAAGGUAUCCCCGGAGUGGGCCCUGUCACUGCUCUCGAGAUCAUCACCGAGUUUACCAACCUCGAAGAAUUCCGUGACUGGUGGAUGCAGGUGCAGAUGGGCAUGGAGAUACCAAACGACCCUCAUCAACGAUUCCGCAAGAAAUUCAAGAAAAUGGCGACCAAGAUAUUCCUCCCCCCAUCGUUUCCCGAUCGACACAUCGAUGAGGCGUAUUUACAUCCCGCAGUCGACAACGACCCGUCCGAGUUUCAAUGGGGUGUUCCAGACCUUAAUGGCUUACGGAGUUUCCUAAUGGCGACUAUUGGAUGGUCUCAAGAACGCACCGAUGAAGUUUUAGUUCCUGUGAUUCGCGACAUGAAUAAACGAGAGCAAGAAGGCACGCAGUCAAAUAUCACGCGAUUCAUGAGCGGCACACAGGGCGCGGGCGCGUUUGCGCCGCGAGUCCGGGGCGAGGGGAAGAGUCGGAUGGAUAAAGCAUUUGGGCGAUUGCGAGUUGAAGCCGAGAGUCGCAAACGGGGCGCCUCCGGUGCAAAUACUACUGAACCGGCGCAAACUGACGAAGAUUCUGGAUCUACGCGAAAGAGACGCAAGAAGAAGGAGAAGAGCCAGAAAGAUACCUAAGUGAUUGAUGCCGCAAUAUGUACAUAGAUAUAUGAUGAUACGAUAAUGGACGCAUGGGUCCUGAAGAUCGGCGUUCUCCCACCGCAUAGUACGUGGAGGGAUCAUACGUAGUCCUCGAUAUGAGAUCGCAACGCAAACUCAAUCGAGCUGCCGCAAGGGGGAAUAAAGUAGACGAUCAUUUCUACUUCAGAUUGUUCUAGUUGCCAAUUCAGGAAGGCGGAAGCAUGGACAAAUCCCGAAAGGGGAAGGAGGCUGUGCAGGUUGUUGUGGCUUGCCGAUUGCGAACGAUAUCGAUGACGUCGACCAGCUUGUGGAUGGUUUAAGUUAACUAAGUUAACUUACUCGAGCCAUACUGGGUGAUGACGUAAUCAGUUGAACGUUUUGUGUCUUUAAGCACUACAGAGUGAUAGUUUAGUUAUAGUGAUGGCCAUGAUAAGAAUUGAUAGAUUGUAGACUGAAUG